AUGACCGAUUUACAAUUUACUGUUCGUGAAACAAUCUAUCGUCAACAUGGACGAAUUGUGGAAAUUGAUUAUCAAUAUGAUGAAAUAAAAACAGAACAAGUUGAAGAAAAUAUGCAAGUUAGACAAGAAAAACUUGAAAAACAUUAUCAAGCAACAAUUAAACGUGAUGAAUAUGAACGUAUUGCAAAUACAUGUCAACGUGAUGUUUUAUCAUUUGAUAAAUUUAUUCAAAUUAUACAACCAUUUAUGAUGGGUACAUAUACAACUGAUGAAAUUCUUGAAGCAUUUCGUUUACUUGAUAAAAAUUAUUCUAAAACAAUUGAUUUAGAUGAAUUAUCUGCUUUUAUACCUGUUAUACAUCCAAAUAUGACUAAAGAAACUGUAUUAAGUUAUAUUAUGAAAGUAACACAAUAUGGGAAACAAGAAAUAAAUUUUAAUGAAUUUAUUCAAAUGGUUUUACAAGGUGUUGGACGAGAUAUUGUUUGUGGUCAUGUUUAA